ACUUGGAAUAACGAACAUAAGAAAAGACCGGCUUUUAAGAGAACUUGUGCCAAGAAACAAAACCUUUUUUUGUUUUUUAAACAGUUCACAUAGAAAAAUCUUGCUCAUCUCGUUUGUUUCUCCUUUAAAGUCUGCCUCUUAACCUUUGGACAGCGAAACGGAAGAUUUAGCAAAAUGUUUAAGUCACAAGAUUCGUAUUCUUCUGAAGAAGAAGAUGAUAUGUUGUGUCCCUUGUGCAUGGAAGAGAUUGACAUAUCCGACAAGAAUUUUAAGCCAUGUCAAUGUGGUUAUCGGGUUUGUAGAUUUUGCUGGCAUCAUAUCAAGGAAGACCUGAACGGUCGUUGUCCAGCUUGCAGGCGCUUAUAUACUGAAGAAAAUGUACAAUGGCGCCCCGUGACAGCAGAAGAAUGGAAGAUGGAUUUACAUCGUAAAAACGAAAGAAAAAAGCGUGAGAAGGAAAGAAGAGAAGUGGAAGCCUCAAGCAGAAAGCAUUUAGCUAAUAUUCGUGUUGUUCAAAAGAAUUUGGCUUAUGUAAAUGGGCUUUCUCCUAAGAUUGCUAAUGAAGACAACAUCCAUAUCUUAAAAGGUCUUGAUUAUUUUGGUCAAUACGGAAAAAUAAUAAAAAUUGCAAUAAAUAAAAAGGCCGCUGCCAAUUCUGCAAACGGCCACGUUGGGGUUUACAUUACUUAUCAAAGAAAAGAGGACGCCGCUCGAGCUAUUGCUGCCAUUGACGGUAGCAUAAGUGAUGGAAGGCAUUUGCGUGCUUCUUACGGAACAACUAAAUAUUGCACUUCAUAUUUAAGGAACCAGCAAUGCCCAAAUCCUUCUUGUAUGUACUUGCAUGAACCUGGCGAUGAAGUGGAUAGCUACACAAAAGAAGACCUUGCUUCCUUACAGCAUAGUCGUAAUUUGCCUGGAAAAGUGAAUGGAAUUGCUACUGCUAAUCAUUCCCCUUCUCCUUCCUUACACUUCAAGACUCCUUUGUUGCCGAUUAAUAAACCGCUGGCGGACGGCGGCUCUAAUGCCUCUGAUGAUAAUCACCAUUCAGGACAAUCUUCAGUCCCACAACCUUCUUCCAAUGUUACUGCACCUUACUCAUCGGCUGCUGCUGCCAAUGUAACUCCUGGACAUACAACUACCAUCCUUCACCAUGAAGAAUCAUCUGCCCUGCCACCCACUGCUUCUUGGGCGAAGCUAUCUCCCACAGUUUUACAAGAACGCCUUCGUGCUGCUGUAAAUCAACAGCCUUUAGAUCCCUUGAAGUCACCGUCUCUUCCUUCUCAUCUACCGACCGUGCAACAACUGCGUUCUGUAAAAUUACCCUCGCAAAAGGAAAAUAGUGCCAGGUGGUUAGAUGUUGCAAUUCGCGAUUUAACUGCUCCUUUUGGUCAAACUACUUUUAGUGCGAACGGUUUCGGGUUCAAUGAUGACGAUCUUGAAAAGAUUAAGUCUUUUCCUCCUCUGUUUGUGUUUAAUGCUCGUUCUGUUAUUGACAAGCAUCUGGGGCAAGACCAUCACACUAUGAAUGAAAAUACAGCUCAAAGAGAAACUGAGCUAACACAAGUAAUGCCUCCUCCUGGAUUCUAACCUUGCCCUUUAUAUUUUCGUUAAGUUAUUGGCGUAAAUCUGUUAUUUUUUUGUAGAUAUAAUAUAUCCUUAUCUUGACAGUUGAUGACGGAUCUUCCAUGUAAUUUCUACAUUGUUUACAAUAUAGUACUCAUGUAUACUUAAUUUUAGGAGUAUAUAUGUUUAUAUACAAUUAUUAUUUUUUAACCAAAAACCUAUUAAUUACCAAAAAGGACAGCUUGUCUAACACCUUUAG